AUGAACAUACGUGCAGCGUCGAUCGAGGCCUCUCCUCGCGUUCUUGUUCUAUCAAGAAAGCUUUCCAACAUGGCUGGCAUGGCUCCUGAAGGAUCGCAGUUUGACGCGAAGCAGUAUGACAGCAAAAUGGCAGAUGUGCUUGCUAGCGAGGGCGAGGACUUCAUCUCCACCUGGGAUGAGGUGCACGAGAGCUUCGAUAUCAUGGGUCUUCACGAGAACCUUCUCCGUGGAAUCUACGCUUACGGUUUUGAGAAGCCGUCCGCGAUCCAGCAGCGCGGUAUCGUGCCGUUUGCCAAGGGUCUGGACGUGAUUCAGCAGGCACAGUCCGGAACCGGCAAGACGGCGACGUUCUGUUCCGGCGUGCUGCAGCAGCUGGACUACAAGUUGCUCGAAUGCCAGGCUCUUGUUCUCGCUCCCACCCGUGAGCUGGCGCAGCAGAUCGAGAAGGUCAUGCGCGCGCUGGGCGAUUACCUCCAGGUCAAGGUUCAUGCGUGCGUCGGUGGUACCAGCGUUCGCGAGGAUCAGCGUAUUCUCCAGGCUGGUGUGCACGUGGUGGUGGGUACUCCUGGUCGCGUGUACGACAUGUUGCGUCGUAGCUCCCUUCGUCCGGACCACAUUAAGUGCUUCGUGCUCGACGAGGCUGACGAAAUGCUCUCUCGCGGUUUCAAGGACCAGAUUUACGACAUCUUCCAGCUGCUGCCGCCUAAGCUCCAGGUCGGCGUGUUUUCCGCCACGAUGCCCCCGGAAGCGCUGGAGAUCACCCGCAAGUUCAUGAACAAGCCCGUCAAGAUUCUCGUGAAGCGUGACGAGCUCACCCUGGAGGGUAUCAAGCAGUUCUACGUGAACGUUGAGAAGGAGGAGUGGAAGCUGGACACGCUUUGCGAUCUCUACGAGACCCUUGCGAUCACCCAGUCUGUCAUCUUCAUCAACACUCGUCGCAAGGUCGACUGGCUCACGGACAAGAUGCGCAGCCGCGACCACACGGUGUCGGCCACGCACGGUGACAUGGACCAGAACACGCGUGACAUCAUCAUGAGGGAGUUCCGCUCUGGCUCGUCCCGUGUGCUCAUCACCACCGACCUGCUGGCACGUGGCAUUGACGUGCAGCAGGUGUCUCUUGUCAUCAACUACGACCUUCCCACCCAGCCUGAGAACUACCUCCAUCGUAUCGGUCGGUCAGGGCGGUUUGGACGUAAGGGUGUUGCCAUCAACUUUGUGACCAAGGACGAUGAGCGCAUGCUUCAGGACAUCCAGCGCUUCUACAACACGACUAUUGAGGAGCUGCCGAAUGAUGUGGCUCAGCUUCUGUAA